AUGGCUCGGUAUGGGUUUUCAGUCAGGUCGAAAAUUACAGAAGCGUUUAUUGAUGGUCAAUGGGUAUGGCCGGAAGAUUGGAGGUGUGUGUACCCGACAUUGUUCCAACUUCGGCCUCUUAUGUUAUCUGAUAUGCAAGAUAGAGUUUUAUGGAUGAAUUAUGAUGGCAAGCUUGUUCCGUUCACGUCAAAAGAAGUGUGGGAUGCAAUCCGGAUCCGUGACCAGCCGAAACCUUGGUCGAAAGUUGUGUGGUCUUCGUUCAAUAUACCGAAACAUUCGUUCAUGUGUUGGCUUAUCUUUAAAAAUAAACUUUGGACUCAAGACCGGAUUAUGAGGUGGAAUCACUCUGUUACGGGCUCUAUGAAUCUGAUGUGCUGCUUGUUAUGCUAUUCUGGGUUAGAGACACAUGAGCACUUGUUCUUCGAAUGCCCAUACUCGAAAUCAGUAUGGCAUAAAGUGCGGCAGAAAGUAGACAUGCAUUCGGUUAUAGAAUCAUGGGGGGAUAUCUCUGCUUGGCUGAUUUCUAGAGCUAAAUCGAAGUCAGUUUUUUCUGUUGCUAGUAGAUUGGUGGUGGCGGCAGCAGCUUAUGCCAUUUGGAGUGAACGAAACUCUAGAUUUUUUAGUAAUCGCUUGAGACCUCCAGAGCAAAUGGCGGCGGAGCUAAUUAUCAACACUGUCAGAACAAAGUUAAUCUUUUUCAGGUACAAGCAAACUUCAAAUGUUAAGCGAUUUUUGGAAGAGUGGAAGAUGGAUAAUGAAGACUUCUUGGAUGAAGAGUGA